CUGAGCCAGAUGGUAACGGGUAGUUCCCUAAUAACAACUCGGCGACGCAAUUCCUCUGUGUUAGGGCUCCACCCUUUUUUGUUCUCCCCUGCACGGUGGGUUAAAUGGCGAACAAGCUAUACGGCUACAACCCUAGCAACUACAGUGGUGGAGGUGCCGCUGCCAGUAGUCUCUACGGCUCUCGAUCCGUCACGGAACCCUACAUCCCUGGUGCCACUUCAUUUCUCGGAACCGCCUCCAAAUACCUUAACUCCGACUCACUCUCAUCGUCCUCCGCCCUUUCCUCAGCAUUGUUAUACAACUCGGACAGUCACUCCUCUAGAAUUCCCGGUAUCUCCGUCGCUACUCCCACCCACUCGUACGGACCACCUGGCGUCGACGUGGGUUCUGCAGUUGUGUCUACCGACACUCUUUACUCUGGGUUGAAGCGCCCUUCCGCUGAAACACUCUAUCAUCAAACCGUUUUGGGUGCCCAUAGCACAUUUGGCCAAACUGAAGCUUGGUAUUCAGCAAACCCAUUAGCCAAGCGCCCUAGAUAUGAGAAUACAAGCAACUUGCCUAUUUAUCCCCAGAGGCCAGGAGAGAAGGACUGUGCCUUUUAUAUGCAAACAAGAAUGUGUAAGUAUGGCGAGAGCUGCAAGUUUGACCAUCCUAUUUGGGUUCCAGAGGGUGGAAUCCCUGACUGGAAAGAGGUUCCGCCUGUACCAAGCGAAUCCCUUCCUGAGAGACCAGGAGAGCCUGAUUGUCCUCAUUUUCUAAAGACUCAAAGAUGCAAGUUUGGUAUUAGGUGCAAAUUCAACCACCCAAAAGAUAAAAUAGUCCCCCUGGGUGCCCCAGACAAUGCUGAUGUCUCUACCUUACCUGAGAGGCCCUCAGAGCUUCCAUGUGCGUUCUAUAUGAAGACUGGAAAAUGUAAAUUCGGAGCAACCUGCAAAUUUCAUCACCCCAAAGGUGUUGAAGUGCCAUCAGCUGGUGAAGAAUCUGCUACUGGGCUGCAGAAUGAAAUGUUUGGAGAUUCGAAGCCAGUGCAGUCACUUUAUACCCCAGCAUUGUUGCAUAACACCAAAGGUCUUCCUAUCAGACCGGGUGAAGUUGAUUGCCCAUUUUAUCUAAAAACUGGCAGCUGCAAGUAUGGCACCACAUGCCGAUACAAUCAUCCUGACAGACAUGCAAUGAACCCCCUGACUGCUGCUAUUGCACCAGUUCUAGCUUCUCCUGCGCACUUUAGCUUUGGAGCUGUUACUCCAGCGGCCUCUCUCCUUCCAACUUUUGAUCCUAGGCUGACUCAGACAUCGCUUGGAUUGACCCCAAGUAUUUACCCACAGCGACCUGGACAGCCAGAAUGUGAUUACUACAUGAAAACUGGGGUCUGCAAGUUUGGCGAAAACUGCAGGUUUCACCAUCCUAUUGAUCGUUCAGCACCUACAGCAUCAGUAAAAGAAUCUGUGCAGCAAAAUGUCAAACUCACUCUUGCUGGCCUACCAAGGAGAGAGGGUGCCAUACACUGCCCAUAUUAUAUGAAGACCGGGACAUGCAAGUAUGGAGCAACAUGCAGGUUUGACCACCCACCUCCUGGAGAGGUCAUGGCAAUGGCAACAUCACAAGGGGCAUCAGCUUCUGCCGGAGAGGAAGUGAAAGAGAAUGGAGAGGAGGCUUAAGCUAUUGAACUGCAGCAAUAGAGUUUUGCUCAAAUUGGCCAAAGAUAUUUUCUCCUGGCACUUUUUCCUGCCAGAAGGCUGUAUCCUGAACAUUGUGUUUCAUGAACUAUUUGUUGAAAAUCCAGUAUGCUGUUCGGCAUGGUUUUUGAUUAAUGACAAUUAAGUUGUGAGAAAGGUUUACUUGUUUUAUCGACAUUGGUUUGAACUGUGCUUGGAGGUUCUGCAUUUGCAAAUAUUUUAAUGAUAUUAGCUCC